ACGCUUCUUUACGGCUGUUCUCGGUACACAUUUUAUGCUGCAUCUCAGAAGUCAGUUGAUUUUGAUAAGAGCAGAGACGCCUGCAAAGUUCACGGAAGUGACCUUGUGUCUAUUGAAAGUAACGAGGAGUGGAACUUUCUCAAAGACACUUUAAACAAAUUUCCACAGAAUGGAACUGAAUACUAUAUUGGUUUAACCAAAGACAAACACGGAAGAUGGAGGUGGAUCAGUAAUAACACCACAGUGAAUGAAUCCUAUUGGGCAAAAGGCCAACCUAGUGGGGAUGAACAAAACCUUACAAAGUGUGCAAUAAUGUACAAAGAUUUUAAAAAGAACUAUGGUUUGUUCGAUGAUUUAUCCUGUUCCCUUAAAAGGCAUGGCUAUAUGUGUGAACGUGAGUACUAUGCCAUGUGGUUUUGA